GGUGCGGAUUGUAUGUUUGCUGCGAGACGCUGUGUAUUCGCUACACCGACACAGAACUGCGGCACUUAUAAAACUACAGGAGGGGUAUUGCUUUAUCCCCUGCUGAGUGACGACAGAAAUGCAGGUGUUUGUUUUUGAGCUACGCAGAAGAAAAUGCCAGUUCUCCAUAAACAUCUUGAAGAAUUCUAAAUAAAUCUCUUCAGUUUCAAAGGGCCUCAGUCAGUAAUGUCAGCUUUUGGCAAUACAAUUGAGAGAUGGAACAUAAAAAGUACAGGAGUCAUUGCUGGUCUGGGACAUUCUGAGAGAAUAUCGCCUGUAAGAUCCAUGACCACAUUAGUGGAUUCAGCCUAUAGCUCAUUUUCUGGCAGUUCAUAUGUUCCAGAAUACCAAAACUCAUUUCAGCAUGACGGCUGUCAUUAUAAUGAUGAACAGCUUUCUUACAUGGACUCUGAAUAUGUAAGAGCCAUCUAUAAUCCUAGUUUAUUAGACAAGGAUGGUGUAUAUAAUGAUAUAGUGUCAGAACAUGGAAGCUCAAAAGUAGCACUGUCUGGAAGAUCUAGCAGCUCUUUAUGUUCUGACAACACAACAUCUGUUCAUCGAACUUCACCAGCAAAACUGGAUAAUUAUGUUACUAACCUGGAUAGUGAGAAAAAUAUUUAUGGGGAUCCAAUAAAUAUGAAGCAUAAGCAGAAUCGCCCUAACCACAAAGCUUAUGGCCUCCAACGAAAUAGUCCCACAGGAAUAAACAGUUUACAGGAAAAAGAAAACCAAUUGUAUAAUCCAUCAAAUUUUAUGGAAAUAAAAGAUAAUUAUUUUGGUAGAUCUUUAGAUGUUCUUCAAGCAGAUGGAGACAUUAUGACACAAGAUUCAUAUACCCAGAAUGCCCUAUAUUUUCCUCAGAAUCAGCCAGAUCAGUACAGAAACACACAAUAUCCAGGUGCAAAUAGAAUGAGUAAAGAACAGUUCAAGGUAAACGAUGUACAAAAAAGCAAUGAAGAAAACACAGAAAGAGAUGGACCAUAUCUGACAAAAGAUGGUCAGUUCGUUCAAGGCCAAUAUGCAUCAGAUGUAAGGACAAGUUUUAAAAACAUAAGACGUUCCCUUAAAAAGUCUGCGUCCGGAAAGAUUGUUGCUCAUGACAGUCAAGGUAGCUGCUGGAUUAUGAAGCCAGGUAAAGACACUCCUUCUUUUAAUUCUGAAGGGACCAUUACUGACAUGGAGUAUGAUAACCGUGAGCAGUGGGAUAUCAGGAAGUCCAGGCUUAGUACAAGGGCAAGCCAAAGUUUAUAUUGUGAGUCUAAUGAGGAUGUCUCCGGCCCUCCCUUAAAAGCUAUGAAUUCCAAGAAUGAAGUUGACCAGACACUCGGUUUCCAAAAAGAUGCAACUGUUAAGUCUAUUCCUUUGUUAUCUCAGCAGCUUCAACAGGAAAAAUGUAAAAGCCACCCCCUGUCUGAUUUAAACUGUGAGAAGAUUACCAAGGCAUCAACACCUAUGCUGUAUCAUCUUGCUGGAGGGAGACAUAGUGCAUUUAUAGCCCCUGUACACAAUACAAAUCCAGCUCAACAAGAAAAACUAAAGCUUGAGUCAAAGACUUUGGAAAGAAUGAAUAACAUUUCUGUACUACAGCUAACAGAGCCAAGACCAGAUAACCAUAAACUCCCAAAGAAUAAAAGCCUGACACAACUUGCUGAUCUCCAUGACUCUGUAGAGGGUGGGAAUUCUGGCAAUUUAAAUUCUUCAGCAGAAGAGUCCUUAAUGAAUGACUACAUUGAGAAACUGAAGGUUGCGCAGAAGAAAGUACUGAGGGAAACCUCGUUUAAAAGAAAGGACUUGCAGAUGAGUUUGCCUUGCAGAUUCAAGCUAAAUCCACCCAAAAGGCCCACCAUUGAUCAUUUUCGAUCCUAUUCUUCAUCCAGUGCAAAUGAGGAGAGUGCGUAUCUCCAGACAAAAAGCUCUGCUGACAGCAGUUACAAAAAAGAUGACACUGAAAAGGUUGCAGUUACUCGAAUAGGAGGACGGAAAAGGAUUACAAAGGAACAAAAGAAGCUGUGUUAUUCAGAACCAGAGAAAUUAGAUCACCUUGGGAUUCAAAAAUCUAACUUUGCAUGGAAGGAGGAACCCACUUUUGCAAAUAAGAGGGAGAUGAGUGAUUCUGAUAUUAGUGCAAACAGGAUAAAGUAUCUGGAGAGCAAAGAGCGAACCAACUCAUCUUCAAAUCUUUCUAAGACAGAACUCAAACAAAUCCAGCAUAAUGCACUGGUUCAAUAUAUGGAGAGAAAAACAAACCAAAGGCCCAACAGCAAUCCACAAGUUCAGAUGGAAAGGACGUUGUUGGGAUUGCCAAAUUAUAAUGAAUGGAGUAUCUACUCCUCUGAAACCAGUUCAAGUGAUGCUUCCCAAAAGUACCUAAGGAAGAGAUCAGCUGGAGCAUCAUCUUCAUAUGAUGCCACAGUAACGUGGAAUGAUAGAUUUGGAAAGACUUCACCUCUUGGACAUUCUGCAGCAGAAAAAACUGCUGGUGUACAACGCAAGACUUUCUCUGAUCAGCGCACUUUAGAUGGCAGCCAAGAACAUCUGGAAGGUUCUUCCCCAUCACUCAGUCAAAAGACCUCAAAGUCAACUCAUAAUGAACAGGUCUCUUAUGUGAAUAUGGAAUUUCUUCCCUCUGCACAUUCCAAGAAUCACAUGUAUAAUGACCGGCUGACUGUACCCGGAGACGGCACCAGUGCCGAGUCUGGAAGAAUGUUUGUUUCUAAAAGCAGAGGAAAGUCCAUGGAAGAAAUAGGGACUACAGACAUUGUAAAGCUUGCAGAGCUGAGCCAUAGCUCCGAUCAACUUUACCACAUUAAAGGGCCUGUGAUAUCUUCAAGGCUGGAAAACACAAGAACUACAGCUGCAUCCCAUCAAGACAGACUCUUGGCCAGCACUCAAAUUGAAACUGGAAAUCUGCCCAGACAAACACACCAAGAAAGUGUUGUGGGGCCCUGCAGAUCAGAUUUAGCAAAUUUGGGACAGGAGGCACAUUCCUGGCCCUUGAGAGCUAGUGAUGUAUCCCCAGGCACAGAUAAUCCCUGCUCAUCUUCUCCUUCAGCAGAGGUUCAGCCCGGGGCUCCAGAGCCAUUGCAUUGCUUGCAAACAGAAGAUGAGGUCUUUACGCCAGCCAGCACUGCCAGAAAUGAAGAGCCCAACUCCACUGCCUUUAGUUAUUUGCUCAGUACUGGAAAACCUGUGUCCCAAGGGGAAGCUACUGCAUUAUCCUUGACUGUCUUACCUGAGCAGGAUCGUCUAGAACACCCAAUUGUCAGUGAGACUACACCAAGCUCUGAGUCUGAUGAAAAUGUUUCGGACGCAGCUGCUGAGAAAGAGACAACACAACUUCCUGAGACUUCAAACUUCAACAAGCCACUUGGCUUUACUGUUGAUAAUCAAGAAGUUGAAGGGGAUGGAGAACCUAUGCAACCAGAAUUUAUAGACCGCUCACAGCAGUUAGAGUUGAGUUCCCUUCCUUCCAGCCAGGUUAACAUAAUGCAGACUGCAGAGCCUUAUCUUGGUGAUGACAAAAAUAUCGGAAAUGAGAAUAAAACGGAAGACCUUGAGCAGAAAAGUAAGAAUCCAGAAGAAGACGAUUUACCCAAGGUCAAGUUAAAAUCUCCAGAAGAUGAAAUACUGGAGGAACUGGUUAAAGAGAUAGUUGCCAAGGAUAAAUCUCUGCUGAAUUGCCUCCAGCCUGUUUCAGUCAGAGAAUCUGCUAUGGAUCUCAUGAAAAGCCUCUUCCCUAUGGACGUCACUGCAGCGGAAAAAUCUAGAACUAGAGGACUUCUUGGAAAAGACAAGGGGGAAACAUUAAAGAAAAACAACUCGGACCUUGAAAGUUCUUCUAAACUUCCUUCAAAAAUAACAGGGAUGCUUCAGAAAAGGCCAGAUGGGGAAAGCCUAGAUGACAUCACUUUAAAGAAAAUGGAACUCCUUUCCAAAAUUGGUUCCAAGCUAGAAGACCUUUGUGAGCAGAGAGAAUUCCUUUUGUCUGAUAUAAGUAAGAACACGACCAACGGCAAUAAUAUGCAGACAAUGGUAAAAGAGCUGUGUAAGCCCAAUGAGUUUGAGCGCUACAUGAUGUUCAUUGGGGAUCUGGAGAAAGUGGUGAGCCUGCUGUUUUCCCUGUCCACAAGGCUGACUCGGGUCGAAAACUCUUUAAGCAAAGUUGAUGAAAAUACAGAUGCAGAAGAGAUGCAAUCCCUAAAGGAACGUCACAAUCUCCUGUCCAGUCAAAGAGAAGAUGCCAAAGACCUAAAGGCAAACUUGGACCGCAGGGAACAAGUUGUCACAGGAAUUCUUGUAAAAUACCUGAAUGAGGAGCAGCUGCAGGACUACAAGCACUUUGUGAGACUGAAGACCUCACUCCUGAUUGAGCAAAAGAACCUUGAGGAGAAGAUAAAAGUGUAUGAGGAGCAGUUUGAGAGCAUCCACAAUAGCCUCCCACCCUAAUCAUCAGCCAACACAAGAUCAGCUCUUGUUUUUCUCACCGUCCACCCGCUACAAAUGAAAAUUCUCUCUGGGUUUCAUGUCAUUGAAAUUUCUCUAGUGUUGAUUAAACUGCUGCUAAAACUUAACACGGUUAAUUCUCGUUCUUCCGUGUUUCGACGGGACUUGCUAAAGGCCACUCUGACAGUGUUAAUCCGGCUCCUUGGCAAGAAAGAGACGGGGGGUGAAUACUACACAAGCUGGACAGUGGUUAGCUAUGAUUGUGUGCCUUUUUAUUUUGCAUAAGUUAUCAAUGUUUUGUCUUUUUUUCAAUGUUAUUGACGACUAACAGCGUGUCCUUGUAAUUUGGAUUCCUGACAAAAUGAUUUAAAUAAAAAUGUUUGUUUCUGCCCAGGAA